CAGCACAUGUCAUGUUCUAGCUACAAACAACUCGCGCUCUCUGCUCGCAAAACGGCAAUUGAGAGAUUGGUUCGGCAAUAGAAAGGUCCUUUGAUGAACAGAGAGCAUGUCUGUCAACCCACUUUUCUCAGGGCCUGCACCAAACAAGCGUCCGCCCAUCUAUAACAGUGUCAGUGCUUCCCCUGGCCAGAGAACGGCCAAUGUCCUCCGUCAGACCAAUUUGAACGCAGGCAGUAUGAACGUUAGGGACUCGCCGGGUCCGAGGAAGAAACCUCGGAUGGGAGACAGCGGAGACUUAGGGUCCACAGAUGAUGGGGAUCCAUUCCAGGACUUUGACAGCUUCACCGAGGACGAUCUGGAGUCAUGUGACAUGAUAGCCUCUCAGGCCUUGAGCCAGCAGCCGUGCCAAGAUCUGGGUCCGCCAGCCCAGGCCCUGAAGAGGCCGGCCAGCACCCCGAGGUUUCCAAGCCGUCAGACCAACUACCCAACAGGUGUCCAUGGCCAAGUUGUCAAUAAGAUGAGCGCCGAAAACGACUCACAGGCCUGCGGCAGCUAUGUUGCCCUGCAGCAUGCCAACACCAGUUAUGCCAGCACCGGCAGCAGGUUUUCUUUCAAAUCAACGAACUCCCGGGGAGGUCGCUCACAAACACCAGUCCCCUCCACAGUUUCAAAUCGCACGGCAACUCCCACAUUCCCCCAAGCCCAAAACAGAAGCAGCAUGAAGCAAAGCAACGUGACGGGAACUAAGAUUUAUUACUCAUCCCCGUAUCGCAGUGGAAGCACAUCACCAUAUAGCCACCAGCUUGGCGAAAAUGUCGAUUCUGCCAAAGUUCAGACUCUCCGGUCAAGCAUGCCAGCGGCAUCCUCAAAACAGACGCCCCAAACCAACAAUGGUUCUCAAAUUGUAACGUCUGCAUCCAAACCAGAGCCUCAGCUAGGCAUUGGCAACAAUACGGGACCGUACCCAACCAGGAAUGUUUUGCAGAAUCCCCAUGGUGACCUAAGCAACAGAAGUAAUCCCGUCCCUUACAGUACCAAGCCAGGGGCCAUCCCCAGCAAUGCCAGCGUCGGAGGGUCAUUCCAUGCGGCACCACCCCAACGUGGGGGUUGUGACACAACCAGUCUUACCCCUCCAAAGGGGGCAGUAGCUAGGGAGUCGCCCGGCCUGCCAACCUCGGAAAGAGAGACCGGCUCAUGCCAGACAUGGGCACUUCAGCAACAGCAAAUGGUCAAGUACAGGUCAGAGUGCGAAGCCUUCAGGCAACAGCUGAAGCAAUUGAACGAAGAGAUGCUCAGCAAGAACGGAGAAAUACAGGUCCUGAGGCAGAACCUGAGCAAGGCCAAGGUGGAGGCCAACCGUCUACAGAUGGAACGUCUGCAAGCCGAAGAACAGAAGAAGCAACAGAUGAGGGAGAUGGAGAGGGAACUCCGCAGAGAGAACGAAAGCCUGAAAGCCCAGCUGCAGUUUAAGGAGGUGGAGCUGAUGCAGGUGCAGAGCGCCAGCCAGAACCACCGCACCCGACCGCCUGUCCCCACCAGCAGCGCAAACAAUGCCCCCGCCACACCCCCGAAGCAACACCCAAUGUUGCCGCGGCUCGGCAAGACAGAAGACGAAGCCAGAGACGCAGACGUGUUUCCGACCCAGAAGUCGUUCAUGGCGGACAAUCCUAAAGUGGAGAGGGGUCAGCUGAGGUCACCCCGGGUCCGGACGCUGUCAGAGAGCCUGCAAGUCCGACACAGUCCCAAGAGGAGUCCGAGGAAAGGUUUUGCUGUUAAAAGUCCAGGCAAGGCGUCUCCGGCAGUUCCCCAUCCUAUUCCAGCUGCACACAGCAGCCCCUCUGCCACAUCCAACAAGCCCCCCAGCAAUGCCAAGAAGUCAUGCAGGUUGUCCGCCAGGUUUCAGACAGGUUCAUCAGCAGAAGCCCAGCUUGUUAGCAGUUUGCUGCAAGAUCCUGAGGAGAAAGUCACUGCCAGUGGGUCGGUGGGAGGACUUAUGGGUCUGGUCCAGUCCACUGGUCAUGACCGAGUGCCCAGCGAAGGGACCGAGGCUGCUCUGCCAGGAGAGCCAUCACCAGCCAAACCCAAAAGAGUCUUGCCAAGCAAGAGGCAGGCACUUGAUGUUAGUGAAAAAAAUCAUCACAAUUUGGAGCUUGCCACCAGGGCUAUAUCCAACAUCCUUAAUCCACCCCGUAUCCCACCGCUGCCACCCAGUGUCACCCUCCAAGCACCUCCUCUUCAACCACCGGCAGAAAGGUCCCAGGUCCCAGAGACUCGGGACCCAGUGACCUACGUCACGGACCUCCUGCCCCUCUUGGAGGACCAGCUGACCGCUUACAUCGACGCAACCCACAGUGUAAUCCUGAGCAACACCCAGGGGCUCUGCUCCACCUGCCUGAGCAGCAGCAGCAGUGGUAGUCACAGCCUGGAGUCUUCCCCGGAUUCCUGUGGCUCCAGCAGCCCCAGUGAGGAUUUUGCAGCGCUGGGUCAUGCGGAAUCGGCGGUGCUUACCUCCCUGGCCUUGUUGCGUAGGAUGCUGCUGCAUUCUUCCACGGUGCGGACGGCCGUCCUCCACACUGGCACCUUCAGAGACCCUGAAUCUCCUGAGAGUGACGAAGAUGCCUCAGCCAUGGAGAUCGACCCAUCUGCACCUCUUAUUGAUCCAACUCAAGCUCCUUCUAAAUCCGCGGGCCACUCGUCCGUCGUCCACGAUCCCCCUCCGCAACCAGCACCGCCAACAGCACCCGGCGACAACCUGCCAGAGCCGCGCAGAAACCGCAUCCUCAGCAAGCUGAUGAGGAUUGCCAGCAUGCAGCACGGCCUGGGCAACUGCUGGGAGGUGGUCGAGUCGUCCCUGGACGCGCUGCGUGUCCUUGUACAGAAAUCAAGUGCCGAGGACAUGGACAGGUUAGAUUCCUUACUUGUACACAACGCUCUGUACAACUGUAUGUCUCGAGACAGCACAUUCACCCAAGUGUGCCGUGCCCUAGACAUUUUGAAAGCCUUGAGUUCAUCAUGGAAGCUAACUGCCAAGCUGUGCAACCAAUCAGACUCCUGCCUCCUGCUGCAGUGCUACCAGUGCGGAGUCCACGGAUCUCUGGGCUGCAGGAAUCCUCAGAAAGUCCAGCUCACCGUCAAGGUAAUCUCAUUGCUGUGGGGCAUCAUAGGAACUCAUCACCAGGGCGCUACCCUGCUGCUGGACACGGAUUGCCAGUGUAGUGUGGAGCUGGUCAAUGCAGUGGUCUUGAUGCUCAAGAGGAUAUUGGACGUCACGCUGGCAAUGAUGGUCUCCCAGCGUCCUACUCAGUACUGGAGGCACGUCCUGCAUGAAUGCUUGCUGCUGCUUCACUGUCUGGCCAUGCACGACCGCCACUUUGCCGAUCACCGGCUGGAUGUGGAGAAGUUCUACGUGGCCGCCGUCACCAGUCUAAGCAAACGGUACCACAGGCUCCCCGGUGUGACUGACAAUGAAACUGGUCUAGUGCAGGAUUUGUGGGACUUCAUACAGUGGGAUGAGACAGAAGGGGAGCUGGAGGAGGAAUAUGAGGAGAACGAGGAGGAGCAGGAGGGCGUGGCCAAGAUGGAGGUGGAUCAGUAGAGACGGAGAAUACUACCUCAGAGAUGAGGCAGGGUGGAGUCCACAGCGGGACGGAGCCAGGGUCAUGGAUCAGUGGGGGUGUUAUGCGCUAUACAAUGGAUGAUUUGGAGUGGGGCAUAGUGUGAGCAGGAGGGCGUGGCCAAGAUGGAGAUGGAUCAGUAGAGACGGAGAAUACUACCUCAGAGAUGAGGCAGGGUGGAGUCAACAGCGGGAUGGAGCCAGGGUGAUGGAUCAGUGGGGGUGUUAUGCGCUAUACAAUAGAUGAUUUAGGGUGGGGCAUAGUGUGAGCAGGAGGGCGUGGCCAAGUUGGAAGGUGGAUCAGUAGAGAUGAAGAAUACUACCUCAGAGAUGAGGCAGGGUGGAGUCAACAGCGGGAUGGAGCCAGGGUGAUGGAUCAGUGGGGGUGUUAUGCGCUAUACAAUGGAUGAUUUGGAGUGGGGCAUAGUGUGAGCAGGAGGGCGUGGCCAAGAUGGAGGUGGAUCAGUAGAGAUACUGUACACCAUCCCUAGGAUGAGGCAGGGUGGAGUCAACAGCAGGGUGGAGCCAAGGUGACGGAUCAGUGGGUGGCCAGAUAUUUCCAUUGUACCCAAUGUUGUGGACUGAACUGUAAAGAUUUAUUCGCCGGUGUCAAAGAUUUGCACCCGGAUGUGAUAAUGUUGUACUAAAGCAAGCAUGAACUACCCAUCCCAAAUUGUUGGUACCUGUCCAUGGGACAGGUGGCGAGAUGGCUAGAUGAGGCACUGAUUAGGAAAAGUGAACGAUGUAGAUAUUUGUGGACGGAUGCUUGAGUACAUACAUCCUUGUGAACUAUGCAACACAGGAUUUGUACUAUACUUCCAAAGUGAAAUUGGAAGUACAUGUGUACAUACGACUGAUUUCUAGUAGAGAUGAUCUAUUUUGCAUAUUUUAAAAGUUUUGAUACUGGUUUUUUUUUUUUUUUUGUAUUGAAAGUUCUCAACAGGUACUUUUCUAUGUGUGUAUAUAUCUGUAUGAUGGAGUUACCUGAAGUGCUCUUAUGGAAGUACCGUAUGUCUUCAAAGAAGACUGUCGUAAAGAAAGCCUUUUUAAAUAGUAGAGUAUGUAAGAUCCCUGACCACCCAGAAUAGAGGGUUUGCAUGGCUGCCAUUUUAUAGGCCAGUGCUUUUGUUCUACAGGGUAUGCACAAAGGAGGUUUCCCUGUGGAACAAAAGCACUGGCCAGCAAGAUGGCUACCACGCAAAGCCUUUAUUUGAGAAAUGAUUAGGAUUAACUGCAUAUCAAGUGAUGUGCUUGUCGGGGGAAAUUUUUUCUGUGGUUGUCCUAUUUGUUUUCUUAUUCAAGUUGACUGCCAACAGAUUUUGCUCUUUGGCUGUUUUGUAGGGCACAGUGGUUUCUGUACAUUUCUCCAGAGAGGUGUUGAAAUCAAGACAGUGUCCGGCAACCUUAUAGAACUCAAUUUCAAAAGGUUUUUCCCUCGGUUACAUUUUUUUCCAAACUCUUCUGAUUGCCGUCCAAGUGCCAUUCGCUAUGAAAUACAGAUAUGCUUUGUGAUUUCUGUCCGUGUAAUGUUCAACUCGCUUCUUUGAUAUAAAGAGGUUAUGCGUUAAAGCGUCCUCAGAGGGCAAGAGUUUUGUAUCACUGGGAUAGGUCCAAGGUAACCUUUUGUGCCUUCGUUGUAACUAAAUUUAAAUACCAAAAACAGCCUCUGAGAUACCAUGGAGACACCAGCAACGCAAUACUCCUAUUGAAUCCACUACACCAUGGGUAGACCGUCAUAAAACUUAAUCAGAUGCACAUUUGUAGAAGGGGCUGCCUCAGACAUAUCUAUCAAAGUUUGUCAAAAGGUUUCCAAACAAGGUAUUGAAAGCAGAGGUUAUCAACAGGUUCAUGUGAUUUUUGUUUUAAGCAUUUCCUGCUAAAUUUACUCUUAUUGUUUUGGGAUCAGCCAUUAUUUAUUGAGGUUAAAGGAUCCAGGAAACAAAGUUUUCUUACAUUCUCCUUCAAUGUAUAGAAAAAAAGUGACAAACUUUUGCGUUUAAGUUUAUUAAUAGAUCCAGUGUUUUUGUGGAAAAAUAAAUACAAAAUUAAGCAGAUUUUUUACUGGAAUGACAACUCAAUUUUGCUCAUGAAUUGGGAAAGUUGCAAAGCAUAACUUUCCCCCCUCAAAAAAAGGGACAGUAAAAGUGACACUGAUUAUAGUGAAAUUGGAAAUGAGGUUAUUUGAAACAAAAAAGUGCACUUCCAAGGACUGCAGUGAAUUGCAUUGCGUAGAUCCUUUAUUUUUUGUCGAAUUGUUUGUUGAAAGUGUGUGUAUAUCUUUCUCUUACUUUAUCCAGCAUUGUAUUCAUUCUGAAUGGUAUCUAUAGAUGGAGACAGUGAAUUGUUGCAGAUUUCAAAUGAAAUUACCAGCUGUAUAGACGAAUUGUGCUAACUGCAGUUGUUGAUGACAAAAAAUGGCUGGUGAAGCAGACAGUAUGUCAUUACUUUGUGUCUGUUCUCUGUAAGCUUUCCUGUAAGAUGUGUCCAUCUUAGAUCCAAUUUCUUUGCAUCAUGAGUAUCCUCUCCUUGAGUAUUCUGCUCAGCUUUUUCUAAGAAUUUGAGAGUGAGCCAGAAGAUUUUUUUAAAGGAAAAAUAACCCCUCCCCCUCUUUUUUCUCGUGUAGAAUGGGAGAUGCUAAUUAAAUCAGCGAUUGUAUUCAGUCUUGUUCUUGUUGAGUAGUUUUUGGAAGGUCAGAGUUUGGGCUGGUUAUCCAACUAAACAUUUCAGUCUAAAAGGUGCCUCUAACCUUCGGUAAUUCAACAUAAAAGCACAUUUUGUGUACUCUGUAAAGUUCUCUAUUGUAUUUACCAAUACAUGUAUUUUUGAAAAAUUCAAAACCAAUUUUGUACAUGGAGAUUUGGAAGAUUUGUGGCUUGCUAAAGCCUCGCCUUUCAAAAUAUUUUAAAUACUUCAGUAUUGAAUUUGAAGGUAAGCACUGGUGUCAGUAUUGAUUGUUUUUAUGCACACUUGUGAAAUUGAGGGGCUACGUAAGAGUAUGUAAUCAUAUGCUGUAGGAGCCAUCUUGGAGGGUUCAUGUUGCUGUUUUUUGGAACCAUUAAGUUGUUUGAAAAUCUAUAUAAUAGUUGGAGUAUUCAGGUUAGUUCACCAACAACAAAUGAACAAGAGAUCUACUCCAAGAUUGACUGUCUCUAAACACACAUGAAUUGAUGGUUAAUACUUGUAAAAGUGCGAGGUGUAGACUAAGUGUAAAAAAAGCUUUGCAACAACUAUUUUCCUAAAUGCUUGACUGUAGAAAGUUGACAGGCUUGUAUUUGGUACAGUGCAUAGACCAGUUCCUAAGGUUUUACUUUUUUGUAGUUUGUUGAGCUAAAAGUAAAUUGACUUGAGUAUUGCAAGUGAAACAUUUUGUAUCAGCAUUAAACCUAGUUGCAGAA